UCGCUGGAAGGAACAACGUCUUGUGCCACUGUGGAGUUAAACGUCAGCUAGAAAUUUACUUUGCCCUUUCAGCCCUCGUGCUGUGAUUCCUUGGAAUCCUGCAGUCAGAGCGAAGAAGUGGGUGCGUGAUGAUGUGGAGUGCCGAGUCCAUCCUAGACAAGGAGCUCCAUGUAGAGCAGAGGGCUUUCUGCAGCUGCUUGGCACCGCUUGUCCUUGGAACUGAAAGCAGAGCUUUUUGCUCAGGCGAAGCCAGCUCCGGCCCUGUGCCCCUCCUGCAGGGAUGGGAGUGGGAGGGAUGCUUUCGCCUGCCGGCGAGCUGCGGAGGGGUGCACUUGGCUUAACGGCUGCAGCGGCUUCUCUGCCACUUCGUACCCUGCUUGUUUUUUUAGUUGCACGGGGUAACAAAAGUGGGCUUAGAGGAGGUGACUUUUUCUGUUAGCUUUUGUGUGCUUAUUGCAUGAACAUAAGGGCGGCCAGGGUGUAAUUUUCACUCUCCUGCCCGGACAGUCAGCCUUGGUUGUUGUGGAUCUCCUGCGUAGCAGCUGGGGAAGAGACCGCUUGGGACGGGAAAACGUGAGUGUAAAGAAAUCCUGUUUGGUAGGGGUCUCCAGGCCGGGAGCAAUGCUUGGAGCUCGUCCUCAUAUCUCGUGAAGAACUGCCCUUGAAGUGAAUGUCCCUUUAAUUUAGGGCUGCUAGUAGCACCAGGAGCUGGUACUUGCACCUACAUCGAAUGUGAUUUAGCCCUAGUUUGCUCGCUCCAACAGGGGAAGCGUCUCUGAGUGUCAGCCAUGAGUAAAAAUGCAGUGUUGGGGUGAGGGGGGACGCUGGGUAGAGCCUUUUUGAAAUGGGGACCUGCAGAGACUCGGCGUCGCUGUUGUGCUGAAGGCCUUUUUCUGAGCAGAGUAGGAAUUGCACUGGAAAAGAGAGGGGUAGAGAAAGACGUCAAAGCUCAGUGGCUGAAAGCCGAGAGCGUGGGGACCUCCGUGCUGCUGCUGGGACUGAGGAGCUUGUUGUGGCUCCAGAGGGACUUUGGGAUCAGCUGCGGGGAGGUGCUGGGGGCUCAGCUCAGAGACUGAAAAGGAUAAAAGAGCAAACCUGGUAUUUGUGUGGUCAGGGAAAGAAGCAAUCACCAAAAAACUAAGAAUGUCUGGCCUGUAGAGCUGUUUCUUUUUUUUUCUCUUCUUCAACUGUCUCUUUUCCCUCCCCUAGAGCAGUCCCUUUCUCUUGACAGAGCUGUAGAGGGUCUUCAAAACGUGGUGCAGUAUUUUAGGACCCCGCUUCUCAGCCCUGGUUAUUCUGCACACAGCUCUGUGUCACAUGGCCGUGUAGGGAGCCCUGGAAAGAGUGGCUGCCAAGCCCUGCCUCAUGUUUUCCUCAAGCACAGCUGCACAUUGUGCAUGUCAGCAGAACUGAAGAGACCUGAAGGAAGGGGCACACACCUCUAACCUGUAGCAGGAAGGAAGGGAGUACAAAAACAGAACGAGAUGUCUUCGUCAGUUCAGCUCUUCAGAGAUCAGAAGUACCACGAGCUGAAAGGGCAGUGUAUCCAGCAGAGGCAGCUCUUCGAAGACCCCGAGUUUCCAGCUUCAGAUGAGUCCCUUUUCUACCAGAGAGCCCCACCAAAGAAAGUUGAAUGGAAGCGCCCAAAGGAUCUCUGUGAAGACCCCCACCUGUUUGUGAAUGGAAUCAGCUCCCAUGACUUGCACCAAGGCAGCUUGGGGAACUGCUGGUUUGUGGCUGCAUGCUCCUGCCUGGCUCUGAGGAAGCCCCUCUGGCAGCAGGUGAUUCCAGACUUUGAAGAACAAGAAUGGGACUCUAAAAAGCCGGAGAAAUAUGCUGGGAUUUUCCGUUUCCGUUUCUGGUGCUUUGGCAAAUGGACAGAGGUGGUUGUUGAUGAUCUGCUGCCAACAAUAGAUGGGAAGUUGAUCUACUGCCAUUCCAAUGUGAAAAAUGAAUUCUGGAGCGCGUUAUUGGAGAAAGCUUAUGCAAAGCUGGCUGGGUCUUACGAAGCCUUGGAUGGAGGCAGUGCUGCAGAUGCAAUUGUGGAUUUCACUGGAGCAGUGGCAGAAUCUAUUGACUUGGUACAGGGCAAAUACAGUGAGAUUAUUUCUGAGCAGAUGAAGCUGUUUGAAGACUUGCUGAAAGUGCAUAAAAGAGGCGGGUUGAUCAGCUGUUUCAUCACGGCUUCCUCUGGCAGUGCCAAUGAGGUGGAGACAGCAAUGGGUCUCAUCAUCGGUCAUGCCUACUCCGUGACUGCAAUUCGGAAGCUGCACCUUGGAGAAAGGCUCACGUUCUCUUUCAAGGCAGAAAAGCUCUUCAUGAUCAGGCUGAGGAAUCCCUGGGGAAACAGAGAGUGGAAUGGUGCCUGGAGUGACAACUCUGAAGAGUGGAAGAAAGUCAGCAAUGCAGAACGUAAGAGCUUGGGACUCACUGUUGAGAAUGAUGGGGAGUUCUGGAUGACGUUUGAGGACUGGUGUAAGAAUUUCACUGAUGUGGACAUCUGCCGAAUUGUGAACACUUCCUACUUCAGUAUCCACAAGACCUGGGAGAAGAAAAUGAUGCACGGGGCUUGGGCAAAGAAUUCAGAGCCCCUGCUAAAUCGCUGCGGUGGAUGCUUUGACAACAAAACCUUCCUUCAGAAUCCCCAGUACAUCUUUGAUGUUAAGAAGACGGAAGACAAAGUGUUGGUCUCAUUACAACAGGAGGAUCGGCGCAGGUACAAGAAAGAAGGGAAAGGAGAAAACAUCAUAAUUGGCUUUGAAAUACUUAAGGUAGAGGAUAACAGAAGCUAUCGACUACACAAGCUGACCGUGCAGGAGAGAGUGGCCACAUCUCCGUAUAUCAACACACGCACUGUGUUCUUGAAAAGGAUCCUUAAGCAAGGCCGCUACGUCCUUAUCCCAACUACAUAUCUUCCUGGCAUCACUACCAAGUUUAUCCUGAGACUCUUCACAGAUGUGCCGUCAAAACUCAGAGAGCUGACAGCAGAUAAACCUAAAAUGACAUGUUGGAGUCUUCUUUGUGGCUAUCCACGGAGAAUCACCCAAAUCAAAAUUCUCUCUGCAGAAGGUUUACAGAAGCAAGAUAGAUCAGGUGGAGCAGAUCCCUAUGUGCUUAUCAAGUGUGAGAACCAAAAAGUGCGCUCCCCUGUACAGCACAAUACUACCAGUGCUGUCUUCAACACACAAGUGAUUUUCUACAGGAAGAACAUCGACAGUCCCAUCAUCAUCCAGGUCUGGAACAGCAACAUCUUGUGUGACCAGUUCCUUGGACAGGCGCUGCUGGCAGCUUCACCCAGUGACCCCCGAGAAGAGCAGACUCUGCAGCUCCGAGGGAGAGGCAGCCAAGAAGCCGACGAGGUGCCAGGUCACAUCACCGUCAAGGUUUUUUCCAGCGAUGACCUCGUAGAGCUAUGAAUACCAAAGCCCUGCAGAACCAGACAGAGCUGUCACCUCGCAGCAGGGGGGCUUGUCUGUGCUUUCUGUGUGAAUGACUUGGAAGGAAAGGUUGCACAUAAUCACAGUCGCUUUAAAAAGAAAUAGUCCUCUAAAACUCUCCAUUAUCACAGGUAAUGGGGAGAGAGGCUUUUAAGGGGAGAAAAGUAUAUUUAUGCAUAUACAUACAUAUGUUCAUGAUACAGCAACACAAUAAAAGAGAGGGCCACACUAACUUAAUUAAGACAUGAGCUCACAACCAUCUUCCCCAGCAGCAUGCUUCAGGAGCUUGUGACACGUAAGCUGGAAGCACACAUGACAGUUCCCACAGGUUCCCAGCACGUCACUAUCUGCCCUCAGCAGAGGGACUGGAGGCAGGAAUGGCUGCAUCUCCGUGGCCACGUGCCUGCAGGUUGGUGCGCUUUGAGCACAAGGUGGGCUCACAUGGCUCAGUCCUUGUUCACUGCCAGACUCCCCCUGGGAGGGGGACUUUUUUUGAGUUUUGAUUGGAAAUUUUUCCCCUUUUAUAGAGAGAAUUUUUUGAUAAAUUUAACUGUUAUAAGCUACAGAUCAGGUAUUUCUGUUCCUUGGCUAAAAUGUCGUUACUCAAGGAGUUCUGGCAUUAGGUCUUAAGACCAGGCAUGCCAUGGCAACGUUAAAAUAGAGGGGCAUGUCUCGCAGUGACAGGUUUGCCUGCAUAGAGGCUCUCUUAAUAUUCCUCUAUUCUCUACCACAAGCUGGCGACUCACAGAUUGAUACAUUUAAUCAAGAGAAGGGCAUUUCACAAUUCAGCUGUGGCUUUGCCCAGAGGACAAAUUCAGUAAUGGGAGCCCACUUGCUAAGGUGUUUAAUCCACACAAUGCUAAAAUGGAAUAACACUCCUUUUGCCUCAUUAGAUGUGAUGAGUAGCACCAGAUACAAAGAGGGCAAAAGUAGCUCAUGACAAGGAUGGGUGUGUCAAACAAAGAUGCCAUGCUGUGGCAGGUAUUAGUUUUUCUCUCUUGAAGAAUUUUGCAUAGGUUUAUUGCUGAUAGAGCUGACAUCUUUGAUAAAGCUUAACUUGCAUAUGAUGGAGGACAGGUAUUGUUCAGAUUUUCUUCCAAGCAGGGUUCGGGUACAAGCUUCCUUUUAACUUUUGCAUGUAGCCUGGCAGUAGGGUUUCUUCAGGGCAGCCGUUUCUGUGCUGUCAGGCUGUGCAGUGAUUGUGUCAGUAUAAAGAGGCUUACUGUGUCAGGCCUCUCAGAAAUGGAUUUUAUAUGGUUGCAAAUUUUGGUCUUGAAAGUGAAGCUGACUAUUCUGCCUUUUGUACAGCCAGGGAAUUUGGAUUUCUCUGUACCUCACAACCACUUCAGUCAUUUCGUGCCAUUUUUAUAAUUUAUAAAAUGCCGCCCAGUAGAGUUAAUGUUUUCACAAAAGGUUUUGAAGUCUCCUCAGGGCUCCAAAAGGAUCAUUGCUGUGGGAGGAAAAUGAUUUGUCUGACAUGUUUGGGCUGGAAUGUAAGGCUAUGAAUGAUAUAAUACCGCCAUCAGCUUAGUUGCAUGUACCAAGUACCUAAUUCCAGCUCUCUUUUUAAAUAGCUUGGGCUCAAGCCAUUUUGCACUCAGAGCAUUUGUCAGCUGGGAACUACACGUGGUUGGCAGCCCCACAGGCAAGUGUAAACUCCUGGCUUUAGAGUUGCUUACUCUCAGAUACAACUGUAAAGUGCAUUUUUUU